UUCUCUCUCUCUCGGCUGCGCGAUUCCGAGUUCCCCGAUUCUCGGAUUCUUCUCUUGGAGAUUCCUCAUGUCUGGCUCUCUUGAUCGAUUCGCGAGGCCUUGUUUUGAAGGAUGUUCAAGCAAUGAUGAGAGAAGAGAACGGAGAUCAGAUUUCGAAGUUUCUGAGGAUGAGAAGAAAACAAGAAUCGGGAAUUUCAAUUUCAAGAAGAAAGCUGCGAAAGCUUCAAGCAAACUUAGACAUUCGUUGAAGAAGAAAGGUAGCAGUAGGAGAAGAAGCAGUGAUCGUACUUUCUCUCUUACCAUUGAAGAUAUUCACGAUGUUGAGGAAUUGCGAGCUGUUGAUGAAUUCCGUAAUUUACUCGUCUCUGAGAAUUUGCUUCCUCCUACACUUGAUGAUUAUCACAUUAUGUUGAGAUUCUUGAAAGCUAGGAAAUUUGAUAUUGGGAAAACCAAGUUGAUGUGGAGUAAUAUGAUUCAAUGGAGAAAAGAUUUUGGCACUGACACCAUUUUCGAGGAUUUUGAAUUUGAAGAGUUCGAUGAAGUUAUGAAAUACUACCCUCAUGGUUAUCAUGGUGUUGACAAAGAAGGAAGACCUGUUUACAUUGAGAGACUAGGACAAGUUGAUCCGGCCAAGCUCAUGCAAGUCACUACGGCGGAAAGAUUCAUAAGGUAUCAUGUUCGAGAGUUUGAGAAAACUAUCAACAUUAAGCUUCCAGCUUGCUGCAUUGCUGCUAAGAGACACAUUGACUCUAGUACAACAAUUCUAGACGUCCAAGGCGUGGGGUUCAAGAAUUUCUCUAAGCCUGCGAGGGAUCUCAUUAUCCAGCUGCAAAAGAUUGAUAAUGAUAACUACCCUGAGACACUUCAUCGUAUGUUCAUCAUCAAUGGUGGUUCUGGUUUUAAGCUAGUUUGGGCCACAGUGAAACAAUUUCUUGAUCCAAAAACAGUCACGAAGAUUCAUGUCAUUGGUAACAAGUACCAAAACAAAUUACUGGAGAUAAUUGAUGCAAGCCAGCUGCCAGAUUUUCUUGGUGGCACUUGCACCUGUGCAGAUCGAGGUGGUUGUAUGAGAUCUGAUAAAGGGCCCUGGAAUGACCCUGAGAUAUUAAAGAUGCUUCAAAGUGGUGGACCGCUCUGCAGGCAUAAUUCAGCUCUAAACAGUUUUUCCCGUGUGUCUUCAUGCGAUAAGCCAUCUUUUUCUGGGAUAAAAGUUAGUGACACCUCGACAGCAGAAUCAGGGUCUGAAGUGGAAGAGAUGGCUUCUCCAAAAGUAAAUAGAGAGAUUCGUGUUCCCAAGCUGACUCCUGUUUGUGAAGAUAUUAGGGGCAAUGCUAUAUCAUAUCCUACUGACUCAUCAGAGUAUGAUUCACCAAUGGUGGACAAAGUUGUGGAUGUUGCUUGGAUGGCCCAUGAAAAGCCAAAGGCUUCAAAAGGUUCAGAGUAUACACCCGAUUUGAGCAAAAUAGGAUCGGUUACUUAUAUCUGGAGGUGGCUAAUGAUGUUCUUUGUAAACUUGUUUACGCUUCUCAUAUCUGUGGCUCUGCCACAGAGUGAAGGACACUCCCAGUCUGAAUCUUCAGUUGACGGACCAAACGCUAGAGAGUCUCGUCCUCCUUCACCGGCUUUUGCAACUACAGCAGAGAGAAAUGUGUUUUCUUCUGUUGUGAACAGACUAGGAGAUCUUGAGAAACAGGUAGAAACACUGCACUCGAAGCGACAUGAGAUGCCUCGUGAGAAAGAGGAGUUGCUUAACACAGCUGUUUAUCGUGUGGAUGCACUUGAAGCAGAGCUCAUCGCUACAAAAAAGGCUUUACAUGAGGCUUUAAUGAGACAAGAUGAUCUUUUGGCUUACAUAGACCGCGAAGAAGAUGAGAAGUACCAUAAGAAAAAGAAGGUGUGCUGGUGAAGACUGAAGAGAGAGAGCUUCGAGUUAUGCGAGUAACGAGAAGUGGUGUGGUACUCUGGUAUAUGAGUAGGUUGAUAAUUUCGUAUACACCACCCCCUAUAGAGAGAACAAUGUUUAUAUCCAAAUUUAGGUUUCAUAAGCAAAGAUUUGAUACUUUUGGGGGAAAUUUAGAAGACUGUUUGAUAUUCAAAGUACAUUUGUAUUUAUAUCAGUGGUGACCAUUUUCUCUCACUUCCGUCUCUGCUUUGCCUCCUAUCGCAAUUAUCAU